AUGUCGCACACAGCUCACAAGACAAGCCAAGGGCAAAAGAGCAACACUUUCACCCCCCCACCACUAGACGGUUCGCUCUCCAUGCUGGAAAUCUUUGAUUUUCAUCGAAAGAAUAGCCCGAAUCAUCCCCUUUUCUUGUUCGAAGAAGGGGGUAGAAUUGAGGAGAUCACCUGGGCACACGCGGUUCGAGCCGUGCACACUGCUGCGCGAUACAUUCAACAAAUCUGUGGGAAAGGCUCCGACGACCCGUCGACGGUGGUUGCCAUCCUGGCUAACACGGAUACAUUUAGCUACUUUGUUCUCCUCGCAGGAAUAAUUCGUGCAGGCUGUCAAGCCUUCCCGAUCUCUCCAAGAAAUUCUCCAGCAGCCGUAAUCCAUCUGUUGCAAGAAACGAGAUCAAAAUACCUUCUUAUUAGCCAUGACCCGAGCAUUCAAAAACUCAUCGGAAGCGUAUACCCAAGUCCUGCUCUGAAAAGCUCCGUAGGGGAGCCGAUAACAAUACCCACUUUCGAGUAUCUGUUCGGCGGAACUGAGAGUGAUUUUGACCCGCUACCUCCGAUGCAGCAACAAGAAUGCAAUCGACCCAGUCUCAUCUUGCACUCAUCUGGAUCCACAUCGCAUCCAAAGCCGAUUGGUAUCGUGUCCCACCAGCUCGUCGACGCUGGCUUGGCGCCAUGUAAGCAUCCCAUGAUUUCCUCUUUGAGCCUGGAACGAAAAUCCGCUGUUAGAUUUUGGAGAUCGCGACCUCUGCGGGAAAGUUUUCGCUUGUCACUCCCUAGCCAUGUUUCAUGUUAUCGGUUGCGUAAUGCUCCCCUGGACGGUACUUGGUUUGACCAAAUCAAUGAUCAAGCUGACUCGACUUUUUUGAAGAUGGCAUCGGGGCUUACAAUGGCCAGUUUCUCCCCUCGUGAUCCGCCUGCCCUUCCGACUCCAGACCGUGUAUUUUCGGGGGCCAUUGCUACGCACAGCAGUUAUAUAACCUGUGUCCCCUCUUUUAUCGAGAUAUACGCUGGUGCACCGUUGCAAAAAGAUAUCGGCGACAUGCUUGUGUCGAACGAUGUUAACAUCAUAUCAAUUUAUGGGGCGACGGAGGUGGGCCCGGUCAUGGCCUUUGUUCCAGCUCCCAAGAAAGAAGCUUGGGAGUAUUUUCAGUUUUCCCCCCACUGCCGACCAGUAUUUCUUCCAUAUCAGGGCAACGUAUUCCAGCUGUUGUUUCAAGAAUGUCCCACCCAUUCGCCUAGUGUAUUCAACGCGCAAUUUCAAGGGCUCAGAGCGUAUGAUACUCGUGACUUAGUGGUCUCCCAUCCAACCGAACCAAACAUGUGGCGAAUAUACGGCCGUGCCGACGAACAAUUGAUGCAUUCCAAUGGAGAAAAGACCAACCCUAUUCCAAUAGAAUCGAUGCUUACUCGGCAUGAAAAAAUCGAAUUUGCUGUCAUGUUUGGACGAGGGCAGUUUCAUGCUGGAGUCAUCGUACAGCCAAAGCUACAAUAUCAAUUCGACACUGGAAACGAGGGUCUUUUGGCGGAAUUUCGGAAUGAAAUCUGGCCACUUGUGGAACAAGUCAACGACUGUUCUCCAACACACUCUCGACUUUUCAAAGAGAUGAUUUUAGUAGCGAGCCCCCUAAAACCCUUCGACAUAUCAUCGAAAAACACACCACGUCGGAUGGCUGUUUUGACUGCUUACCAAGACGAGAUAGAACAAGCAUAUGGAUCUGCAGACAAAUACUCUCAGCCUGACAUCCCCUUAUCCGAGAUAUGGGAGAUCGAGGAUUGCCUCGUUCUCGUGCGAUGCGCAGUUAGGAGAGUUUUGCAGGUCCCGGUCAGUGACGAUGAAGACAUAUUCCAAGCAGGAUGCGACAGUCUCCAAGCCGCUUGGAUACGCAACACCCUCUUACACGCUCUACAACAUACAGCCAAAGUGUCCACUUCACCUAUUCCACAGAACUUUGUAUAUGCCAAUCCCAGCAUCCGGAAGUUGGGAACAUAUAUAUUGGACGUCGUGGUCCGAGGGCAGAGCUCCGUAUCCCUCACGGUGUCCUCAAGGAAAAUAACCGACAUGGAGAGGCUCGUCCAGCAAUAUAGCGCGAACUUUCCUUGUCAUGUACCCAGCAGUGCGAUAUCCGCGGCUGGUGGCGAGGUUGUAUUGCUCACUGGGAGUACUGGCUUUCUUGGAUCGCAUAUUCUCGAGCAGCUAGAAAAAGACACAUCUGUCUCGAGAAUAUACGCACUCAAUCGUAAAGAUAUCAAGCGACCUGAAAGGACUAUGUUCGCCAGGCAUAAAGCUGCCUUUGAACGAAAUAGCCUCGACACUACCAGCCUCGUAUCCAGCAAAGUUGUGAUGCUUCAAGGGUCCUCUGACCUUGAGUAUUUCGGCCUAGGGGAGGCCACUUUUCACCAGAUACAAUCGAGCGUUACUUGUGUUAUCCACAACGCUUGGCGAGUAAACUUCAACGUCACCCUGUCGUCCUUUGAACCAUUGAUUGCUGGGACACGUCGCAUGAUCGAUUUCGCUUUGGGAUCGCCUUUUCCCAAUCCCCCUCGGUUCAUCUUCAUCAGUACUUUGGGGGUUUUGAAAGGCUGGACUGAGGGCCCAAGCCCCGAAGCACCCAUUCUUCAACCAACAAGCGCAAUAGGCCUUGGAUACUCGGAAUCCAAAUGGGUUGCGGAGAGAAUUCUCUGCAACGCGUCUGAACAAACCUCGUUGAAGCCGGUCAUUAUCCGUGUCGGUCAUGUUUGCGGCGGACAAGCGGGAAAUUGGGAUACUUCAGAGUGGAUCCCCGCGCUAGUAAGGUCUGGUCAAGUCCUCAAAUGUUUUCCCCAUGUAGAUGGCGUAUGUACUGGUCCUAUUCGUCCCCACUUCGCUCUAACCUUCUUCGCGAUAACACAGGAAAUAACAUGGAUCCCCGUGGAUGUUGCGGCUGCAGCAGUGAUUGAGAUGCGGACAUCCAAGGAACCCUUCCUCAACCUGGUACACCCCAAACCUGCCCCGGUCCAACUCAUCUUUUCCGCCUUUGCCAAUGCCCUGGACGUUCCGCUUGUAAGCUAUGGUGAAUGGCUGGCCGCGCUGGAGUCUUCUCGAAACGAAGGUUCUGACGUUGCUGUUGCGGAAGCCAUCGAGAACCCAGCUCUCAUCCUGCUUGAUUUCUUCCGGUCUGUGUCCAGGCCUGUUUCAGUACGCGAUAGGGAUAGGGAGGCUUUUGGGUUCCCGCCAGUAGCCAUGGACAAAGCAUUGACCGCGGCCCCUAUUCAGCUUGGCAAUGUCCUACCAAUCUCUGAAGAGAAUGUUGUUUCGUGGAUGACUUACUGGUGGAACAUAGGGUUUCUUAAAAGAUAG